GGCUAUGGAGGCCGGAGAGGAGGGCCUUAGGCCUGGCUAGUCGGGCUAAGGGAGGCCGGGCAAAGGGGCUCCCUUGGGUGGGGCUGACCUCUGACCUCUGACCCCCGCCCGGGCCUGGCGGCAGGACCCACCAUGGGCCCCGAGAGGGUCAGCCCCAGCCAGGGCGAGGAGCUGGAGCCGCCGCAGACCUCCCCGGACUGGAGCGAGGAGGAGGAGCAGGAGCAGGAGCAGCAGGAGCAGCAGGAGCAGGAGCAGGAGCAGCAGGAGCAGGAGGGCCCCGCCGGCUACUCCUACCAGCCCCUGAGCCAGGACGCCGAGCAGGAGGAGCCGGAGCCCGCCCAGCCCACCGCGGACAUCCACCAGCGCAUCCAGGCCAUGGGGCUGCACCUGCCGGACCCUCCAGCCCAGAGCGAUGAGGAGGAAGACGACGAGGGGGCUGCCGCCCUGAGCAGCCGCGCCUCCAUCCCUAUGGACCCAGAGCACGUGGAGCUGGUGAAGCGGACGAUGGCCGGCGUGAGCCUGCCGGCGCCCGGCGUGCCCGCCUGGGCCCGGGAGCUCUCGGACGCGCAGUGGGACGCCGUGGUGCAGAAGACGCUGCAGGCCCGCCAGGCCCCCGCCGCCUGGAAGUGAGCGGACUCGCCCCCUCCCUCCUCGCCCCACUCUGACCCCGUCUCCUCUCUUUCCCUCCCUUCCUGGAGCAAGGCGGACUCACGACUCCUCUCCAGAGCGAUCCACUUUAUUCCGUUCUGUACAUAGAGAAGAGACAUCUGCCUGGGCUUGGCCCCUCUCAGCAUGUGACGCCCCACGGGGAAUAAAGCCCCCUCGGUCCACGGCUC